CUCCGCCCGCGACCAACCCUGCGAUCGUUUGUCCUCCGUUCAGGUUGAUCCUCCAAAGGACUUUCUUGCUAUUUGUCAUCUACAAUGGCUGGAAGUGACGCUCUUCGCGCCCUCCUGCGGCUCACUCGCAGCUCGGGGGGUCUGCUCUCCGGGGCUGAGACAACCACGCAACGAUGCCUGACCAAGUCUCUGUCCCGUUCGAUGGCCACCGAGGCCACCGAGGCCACCGCCCCCAUUGACCACCUGACGCGAGAGGUCCCCAAGCCCGUAUGGAACCCCGAGCCGGUCAAGGCCACCACCUACUCGUUCCCUUCGAUGGAACCCCUGCGCUUCGUCGAAUACCCCCGCAACCACCUGUCCAUGGCCCUCCGCAAAGACAUCCUGCACCGCGCCGUCAUCUACGAGGGUGACGCGACCCGACAAGGUACCGCCAGCACCAAGUGGAGGAAAGAUGUGUACGGCAGCAACAAGAAGCUGUUCGCCCAGAAGGGUACCGGUAGAGCGCGUGCCGGUGACAAGAAGUCCCCCAUCCGGAAGGGAGGAGGUGUCGCCUUCGGUCCUCAUCCGCGGGACUUCUCGACGGACCUGCCCCGGAAGAUCUACGACCAGGCCUGGCGGAUAGCCCUCAGCUACCGCUACAAGCGGGGCCAGCUCAUCAUCAUCGACAACGAGAUGGCGCUGCCGGAGGACGCCACCCCUUACCUGGUCCAGCAGAUCUUCAAGACCAACUGCUGGGGUCGGGAGUUUGGCCGGUCGACGUUGAUCACGGACCGGGUGAACGAUAACCUCUUCGGUCUGGUGCGCGAGGUGGGCGAGCAUGCGAAGAUCCUGGACCGUCGCGACGUGGAUGUCAAGGAUCUACUGGAGACGGGCCGUCUGGUCAUCGAGAAGCAGGCGUUGGACCGCAUCCUGGCCCAACAUUCGAGGGACUUGCAGAACGAGCCCAGGCGGGCCUUGUAUUGAAUUGCAGUUUAGUUGGCGAUGGGGAUUUUUCUUUGUGUUUGUUUGUUCGGUAUGGGUGUGAUUUUGCUUUCUAACCGAGAUACGGUUUCUCUGAUUGUACAAAUAGAAUUGAGCAAUGUGUAUGAUGGGUCCUA